GUAGCGGAAGUAGAUGAAGAGCCGAGAGGGAGAGCGGAAGAGGGUGUCUGGAGAUCACAAACAUGAACAAGCUGAAAUCCUCACAGAAGGAUAAAGUUCGCCAGUUCAUGAUUUUCACCCAGUCUAAUGAGAAAACAGCACUGAAUUGUUUGUCUCAGAAUGACUGGAAACUAGACGUCGCCACAGACAACUUCUUCCAGAAUCCUGAACUCUACGUACAAAACCUAAAGGGAUCGUUUGACAAGAAAAAAUUAGAACAGCUCUACAAUCGGUACAGAGACCCUCAUGAUGACAACAAGAUUGGUAUAGAUGGCAUUCAGCAGUUCUGCGAUGACCUGGGUCUCGAUCCGGCCAGUAUAAGUGUACUACUGAUCGCCUGGAAGUUUCGCGCUGCCACACAGUGCGAGUUUUCAAAGCAGGAAUUCAUGGAUGGAAUGACUGAACAAGGAUGCGACAGCAUAGAGAAGCUUAAAGCACAGUUACCCAAAAUGGAGCAGGAGUUAAAAGACCAAGGGAGGUUCAAGGACUUCUAUCAGUUUACCUUCAACUUUGCAAAGAAUCCUGGACAGAAAGGCUUGGAUUUAGAAAUGGCAAUUGCUUACUGGAAUUUAGUACUGGCUGGACGCUUCAAAUUCCUAGACCUGUGGAACAAAUUUUUAGUGGAGCACCAUAAGAGAUCCAUUCCCAAAGACACCUGGAACCUCUUGUUAGACUUCAGCACAAUGAUAACCGACGACAUGUCCAACUACGACGAGGAGGGAGCGUGGCCAGUACUUAUCGACGAUUUCGUGGAGUUUGCUCGGCCGCACAUCGGGACCAAGAGCACAGCCGUCUAGGCCCCUAGGCCUUCACAAAGGCCGUCUGGACCUCUACUUUGGCUCCCAGAGCACAGAGAACUGAACUGAAAUCUACAUUGCCUUUCCAACCCUCAGGAUCGAGACGUUUGUGUACAACAAAGACAUUUCGAAGAAGCGUCUCCUCUUCAGUCAUCUAGUGGUGGUUGGGGCUUUUUAAAUCGUAAAUUUUUUUGGAUGUGUGCCACUUUUGUGUCGGGCUGAGUCAACAGAAGCUGGUUCGAGCUCUGGGACCUCGUCAGUGCUUUCCCCCCCCAGACGUGCUCCGAAAUCAGCCGGGCAAAAGCUAAAACCCAACAGACACUCAGACAUGCCAUCUUAAUCCACACCCAGGGCUUGGUCGGGGAAUGUCAAAAUUCAUCAAAUAUUAAAUCUUAAUUUUAAUACUCCAUGUGCAUUCCUGCUUUGAAUGUUUGUUUUCUUCAGUUUUUAUGGAACAUCUGAGACACAGAGCUUUGAUUGUAUUCUCUUUUUUUAGGGGACAUUAUAAGAAAAACAGAAACACCCAAAUUUGUUAGUUUUAUUGUGACUUAUUGUAUAUUUUCUGUUGCUGUUAAGAAAAUGGCUAUGAUUUCACACUGCUUGUUUGGUUUUGAUUAAACUUGAUCGUCAGUAUGACAGGAA